AUCCCGCAAAAUAUAAUGUUGGUCCUCAGAAGGAAGGGGAUGUUCAUGGCGCCUGACUUGGAAGGGAAGCAAGUGAGCUGGCAGGAGGGCUUUUGGCAUGGACAACCCUGUGGCGCGUGAGGCCCCCACACUCCCUGGUUGCCCCACUGGGUGCCCGGCCCAACUGACAGUCAAUUAGUCCGACUGCGCAGCCAGGGAGGCGGCUCGGCGGUGGCGGCAGUUGCUGCCUUAGGCAGAUAUUCCGACCAUCCUCGGGGGCGUUGAGCGGAGGGGUCGAGCGAUUACGAAACAGGGAGACGUCCUCCUCUUUCUGUUUCUGGCGGGCGUUGGGCAGGCACCUCCUCCGCCAUUAAGGGCAGAAGGACAGGUUUCACUGCUUUCCCCAGCUCAGAAAAUUUGCGUCAAUUUAUCGCACCCCCCCUUUUAUUUUUUGCUCUCCCCUCAGAGAAUCCCGCUUGGGAGGGGAAAGCGAUAGUCCAUCCACUUCCCUGGGGCUGAGGCAAUUGGUUCAAUUCAUCCUGAGUCUUGUCGGGAACAGGCGGGAUUUUUCGUCCUUGUUUCCCUGAUGAGGAUAGGCAGGUAGGAACCUCCCCCCGUCUUCAGUACAUCUCUCGUUCCACUGAGGACAGAUAGGCUUCUCCCCUGUUGCGGAAAAGCUGGUAGACACCCCCUUUUAAAAUCCCCGUAGGAAGGAACCAGGCAGCCCCCACCCCCAUUUAAAAACUUCAUUGACAGGCUGAGACACACGUACGCCCCCUUCAGUUGGGGGGGGAGGGGACAGACAGAGAACUCCUUUUUCUCUGUUGGGGGCUGCUGUUCUUUCUCUUUCUCGCCCCCUCCCCGCGACCCGCUCAAGAUGCUGUUGCUGUUGCCGCCUGCCCCACUGUAGCUGAGCCCCAGUGCACCGUGAGGGCGAGGUUCAGUCCGUCAGCGUGCAAGCACCAUGGAGCGCCGAGGGGAGCCUGCCCUCCCGCGGAACCUGGAAUUCACCGUGGAGAAUGUGGAGAAGGCACUCCACCAAUUAUAUUAUGAUCCGAACAUUGAAAACAAGAACCUGGCUCAGAAAUGGCUGAUGCAAGCCCAAGUGUCACCACAAGCCUGGCACUUCAGUUGGCUGCUUCUCAAUAUGGACAAGGUGCCUGAGAUCCAAUAUUUUGGUGCCAGUGCCCUCCACAUCAAGAUUUCACGCUACUGGAAUGACAUCCCAACUGACCAGUAUGAAAGCCUCAAGUCACAGCUCUUCAGCCAAAUAACCCAUUUUGCUAGCGGUUCCAAGAUUGUGCUGACCCGGCUCUGUGUAGCGCUGGCUUCAUUGGCACUGAACAUGAUGCCAGAGGCCUGGCCAUGUGCUGUUGCUGACAUGGUGCGUAUGUUUCAGGCAGAGGACUCGAAUGUAGAUGGGCGAGCACGCUGCCUGGCUCUCUUAGAACUGCUGACAGUUCUGCCUGAGGAGUUCCAAACCAGCCGUCUACCUCAGUACCGUAAGGGACAGGUGCGUAGCGUCUUGGCACAGGAGUGCAGUUCUGUCUUCCCCCUGCUAGAGCAAUUGCUGCAGCAACAAGACUCUCCCAGCUUCAUUAAACAGAAGGUGCUGAAGUGCUUCUCGAGCUGGGUACAGCUAGAGAUUCCCCUGAUGGAGUGUGAGAACUUAAUCCAGGCAGCCUUCACCUCCCUGCGUGAUCCGGAACUCUUUGAUACAGCUGUGGAAGCCAUUGUCAAUGCCAUUUCCCAGCCUGAUGCUCAGAGGUAUGUGAAUACUCUUCUGAAGCUCAUCCCACCUGUUCUGGGACUCCAGGAACAGCUACGUCAAGCAGUUCAGAGCAGGGAUAUGGAAACAUCUCAUGGGAUCUGUCGUAUUGCUGUUGCCCUGGGGGAGAAUCAUUCCCGAGCCCUCCUAGAUCAAGUGGACCACUGGCAGAGCUUCCUUGCACUGGUCAACAUGAUCAUGUUCUGCACUGGGAUCCCAGGACAUUAUCCUGUCAAUGAAACUACAAGCUCACUUACACUUACUUUCUGGUAUACGCUACAGGAUGACAUCCUCUCUUUUGAUCCGGAAAAGCAGGCCAUGUAUCAGCAGGUAUAUCGGCCAGUCUAUUUCCAGCUAGUAGAUGUGCUCCUGCACAAGGCUCAGUUUCCCUCUGAUGAAGAGUACAGCUCCUGGUCUUCUGAUGAAAAGGAGCAGUUUCGGAUAUACCGAGUGGACAUCUCAGACACCUUGAUGUAUGUGUAUGAAAUGCUUGGAGCAGAGCUGCUGAGCAGCUUAUAUGACAAGCUAGGUCGCCUUCUGACCAACACAGAGCAGCCAUCCUCAUGGCAGCACACAGAAGCUUUGCUUUACGGGUUCCAGUCCAUCGCAGAGACCAUAGAUGUAAACUACUCGGAUGUAGUGCCUGGCCUCAUUGGGCUCAUUCCUCACAUCAGCAUCAGCAAUGUGCAGCUUGCAGAUACAGUUAUGUUCACUAUUGGGGCCCUCUCAGAGUGGCUGGCUGAUCACCCUGUCAUGAUCAACAAUGUUCUACCCCUGGUGCUGCAGGCUCUGGGCAAUCCUGAGUUGUCCAUCUCUAGUGUCUCCACCCUUAAGAAGAUCUGCCGUGAAUGCAAGUAUGACUUGCCUCCCUAUGCUGCCAACAUCGUUGCUGUGUCUCAGGAUGUGCUAAUGAAGCAGAUUCACAAGACAAGUCAGUGCAUGUGGCUGAUGCAAGCUCUGGGCUUCUUGCUGUCUGCCCUCCAAGUGGAGGAGAUCUUGAAGAAUCUGCAUUCACUCAUUACUCCUUACAUCCAGCAACUGGAGAAGCUGGCUGAUGAAACGCCAAACCCUUCCAAUAAGCUGGCCAUCAUCCACAUCCUGGGCCUGCUUUCCAACCUCUUCACCACACUGGACAUCAGUCACCAUGAUGAUGAUCAUGAGAGCACAGAGGUCAAGAAGCUGCCAGUGCCUCAGGGCCCUAAUCCGGUAGUGCUGGUGCUGCAGCAAGUCUUCCAGCUCAUCCAGAAAGUGCUCAGCAACUGGUUGAAUGAUGCCCAGGUUGUGGAGUCUGUGUGCUCCAUUUUUGAGAAGUCUGUGAAGACCCUCCUAGAUGACUUUGCUCCCAUGGUGCCUCAGCUGUGUGAGAUGCUGGGCCAGAUGUAUAGUACCAUUCCUCAGGCAUCUGCAAUUGACCUCACUCGGCAGCUGGUUCACAUCUUUGCCCAUGAGCCUGCCCACUUCCCACCCAUCAAGGCGCUCUUUCUGCUCGUCACAUCAGUUACGCUAACACUCUUUCAGCAAGGGCCCAGGGAUCAUCCUGAUAUUGUUGAUUCAUUUAUGCAACUCCUGGCACAGGCGCUCAAACGGAAACCUGACUUGUUCCUGUGUAGCAGCCUGGAUGUCAAAGCAGUAUUCCACUGUGGUGUGAUCUCCUUGAAAUUUCCCGAAGCACCAACUGUCAAAGCUGCCUGUGGCUUUUUUACGGAGUUGCUGCCACGUUGUGGGGAGAUUCCACCUGUGGGCCAAGUGGUACAUGAGAAUGGCAAAAUGCUGCUGCAGGCUGUACUUGAGGGUGUAGGUGGCCAAGCCUCACGCAAUUUGAUGGAUCACUUUGCUGAGAUCCUCUUUGCUCUCAACAAGCAUUGCUUCCGUUACUUGAGUGUCUGGAUCAAGGAAGUGAUGCACCAGGAUGGUUUUCCAUCAGCCCGGGUCAGCCCUGAACAGAAGGAAAUCUUCAGCCAGCAAAUUCUCAGCAGAGAGCGUGUGAACAAACGACGUGUGAAGGAGAUGGUAAAGGAGUUCACGCUGCUGUGUCGGGGACUGCAUGGUACUGAAUACACAGCAGACUACUAAUGUAGCAAGAAACAGGAGCAUGAACAGAUCCACUGGCUACUGACCACUGCUCUACGUUGUUACGGAACCAGCUCAUAGUCCAAUAACUACCACUAACCUGCUGAGGCUGCUCCUCUCAAGAAUGAGCUGUUUCUCCAUCCCUUCUGCAUGUUCAGAGGCAGCAGGCUGCAAGGACUUUUGAGUACAGACUGGAGCUGAGGAGAUUUCCUCCCCGUGCUGGACUGGUGCAAUGAUUGCCCCUUGUCUCCCUGGCACACUCCUGUAGACAUAUAUGUGGUAUUGUCUGUUCGUAAAGAGUCUGCCUUUGCCCUGCAUGAGGCAGUUUGUGUAUGACUGAAGUGGAAGGCCCUGCAGCCUUGAAUUAUAUUAAGGCUAUUUCUAAGCUGCGGUGAUUGGUGAAUUGGGGGAGGAGACGUAACUUUUGGACAACAUUGGGCCAGAGGAGGGUGAAAGCUGUAACAGUCAGUUAUACUCCUAGCUGCCCUAGCCUAACUGGGGCAAUAAAUAAGGGUAUGAUGUCCUUUUGAACAAAA